AUGUAUUAUGGUGGAGAGUUUGUGUUACAACCAGCUUUGGAUUAUCAGAAGGGGAUAAUAGAAUAUUUUGACUACUUUAAUGGAGAAGAGAGCAGUAUGCUUGAACUUAGGAAAUUGGUGAAGGAGUUAAAGGUUAAUGACAAAACAGUCAACUUUUGGUUUAAGUAUGGCACAUGUAGGGACCCAAAAUUUAAGAAAAUUAAAACUGAUGCUGAACUAUAUAACAUUGUGUAUGAAAUACCAGAAAACAAAACAGUUGAGAUUUUUGUGGAACAUGUAGUUGAAGACCAGUGGGAUUAUGAUGUUGAAAUGACCCAUAUAUCAGAUGAAGUCAGGAUCAUGAAUGAAGUUUAUGCUAAUGCUAUAGCUACUCCUUUAAGCCUUGGUGAAGGCCCAUCAAACUUUGUUGCUGCUAGUCUAAGUGAUUUUUAUUCUACUCCAAAUAGAGAGUACUUUGAAGACAAUUUGUAUUCUCAUGAGGUUGAAGAUAAUCUUAAAGACACUGCCAUUAACUGUAAAGCUACUAGUGAAUUUGUGAUGGUUGGACCUGAGGAUAUAACAGAAAAUGAUUGUGUUCAGUCUGAAGAAGUAUUAAGGAGCUUGGGUUCAGAAUCUGAAGGUGAAGUUUCCAAACAUGUUGCUACUUUUCAAGAAAAAAACUUGCAUAAAGAGGGGUUUAAAUUUCAAGAAGGAAUGAUUUUCAAUUCUAGUGCUGAAUUUAAGUGGGAUGUCAAAUGCCACCAAGCUAUGAGAAGAAAAGAUAUAAAAUUUGUUAAGAAUGAAGGUAGAAGAGUAAGUGUUAAAUGUAGAGAAAAGAAUUGUAAAUGGACAAUUUAUUCAUCAAAAAGUAAUGAAAAUUGUCCUUUUACAAUUAAAACAUAUAGAUCAGAACAUAUUUGUGGGGAUCAGUAUGAAAAUAAGAUAAUUAACUCUGGUUUUCUUGCAAAAUUCUAUAAAGAUGAGUUUAGACUAAAUACUUCCUGGGGAAGAAUGGAGUUUCAGGAACAUGUUAAAGCUAAGUUUAACUGUCAACUAUCCAUGCAUCAAUCUUAUAGAGCUAAGAAACAAGCAUUGAAGUAUUUGGAAGGUUCUGAAGGUGAACAGUUUGAUUUGUUGCAUGACUAUUGUGAGGAGUUGAGAAGAACUAAUCCUGGUACUAAGGUAAAACUGAAACUUGACAGUGAAUUUACAGUACAUGAUAGGUCUAGAUUUUUGAGGUUAUACAUUUGUUUUGGAGCAUGCAAAGAAGGAUUUCUAUUAGGGUGUAGACCUUUGAUUGGUUUGGAUGGUUGUCAUUUAAAGGGAAGUAAAAAAGGUGGACAACUUCUAAGUGUUGUGGGGAUAGAUGCAAACAACAAUAUGUUCCCUAUUGCUUUCUCAAUUGUAGAGGGGGAGCUUAAGGAUAGUUGGAAGUGGUUUUUGCAGCAGUUAGAUGAUGACUUGAGUAUAUCUGAAAAUCCUCAUUCUUGGACAAUAAUGUCAGACAAACAAAAAGGCUUAUUGCCUGUAGUUGAUGAGGUACUACCAAAUGUUGAACACAGGUUUUGUGCUAGGCAUAUGCAUGCCAACUUUCAGAAAGAUGGAUUCAGUGGGAAUACACUUAAGCAACAUUUUUGGGCAGUGUAAGGCAACUACAGAGGCUGAUUUUAAUAACAGAAUGAAGGAAUUGAGGAAGUUGAAUCCUAAUGCUGCUGAUUGGCUUUCUACUAGGGAAUCUAGGCAUUAUUGUAGAGCUUUUUUUAGCACCUUCCCCAAGUGUGAUAUGCUAUUGAAUAACUUAUGUGAGUCAUGGAAUAGUUCAAUCCUAAAUUUCAGAGACAAAAAUAUAUUGAAAAUGUGUGAGGGCAUUAGGAUGUACCUCAUGCGCAGAAUGCAGCAAAACAGGGACAAAAUGAAGACACAUCCUUUCAAAAUUUGCCCCAAAAUAUUGAAAAUUCUAGAAGAGUCCAAGGAAAAAUCUAAUGAAUGGACUUCACACAAAUCUGUUGGUGGUAUUUACCAAGUGGAGGGAUAUAUGAGACGCUCCAAGGUGGAUUUAAGCCAGCACCACUACUCAUGUAAGAGAUGGAAUCUUACCGGCAUCCCUUGUAACCAUGCAGUUGCAUGCAUUAGAAAAAAAGGAGAAAAGCCAGAGGAUUAUAUACACAAUUGCUACACUGUUGAGAGUUAUCUAAGAUCUUAUGCCCCAGCAAUAAUGCCCAUAUGUUCUUCGGACCAGUGGCACAAGACAAAACUUCCACCCCCACUACCACCAAAGUAUAAAAAACAACCUGGAAGGCCAAAGAAGAGGAGAAAGAUAACUCCAAAUGAAAUUGCAGAAAACAAGACUAGAAAAAUGAAGAAAGUUGGAGAAGUUAAAAGGUGCAGAGUUUGUGGGCAGAGAGGGCACAAUAAAACUACAUGCAAGUUUCAAAAUGGUCAAGCUCAAGUUGCAGAAAUUGAAGUUGAUGAGAAUGAAGCUGAGUUUGAGAAGGAAGAUGCCUUUGAAAAUGUAUCAAUUGAAACCCAAGUGCCGAAAUUUGUUCUUGAUGAAAUGGAUUUAUUGUCAUCUCAAAGUACCAACCCAAUGACUAGUGGAGGACAUACUCCAAAUCAGAUGUCAACUUUUAUAUUAGUUGAAGCUAGUCAUAUAACCCAACCAAAUCAACAUCCUGGAAUCAUAAACAAGGGGGGAAGAACCUUUGUGACUCUAUCUAAUCUUCAACAAACCAAAUGCCAAACCAGAAGAAAUAUUUUGUCAAAGAAGCAACCCCAAAACAAGAAGUGAUUUCAGAAGAUUGUGACAGUUGCAAUAUUGAAGGGAUAUAUAUUUUGUAAAUGGCUAAAAACUAUAGCCUUAUAAUAUACUACUACUAGUUUUUGAAAAAGGCUCACUAGUCACUAUGGUUGUUAUUUUGUCAGGGUAAAUUUUUUUGCUUUAGGGGGUCAUAUAAGAUUGAAUUCUGGUAUGCCAAAUUAAAUGACGGCUAUAUUUU